GCUGCCAGGGCCGAGCGCCGCGCCUGGGCGGGGGAGCGCACCGCGGCCCGGCGGGGACCGCUCCGCACCGCGCCCCGGCGCGACCUCCAUGAGAGGAAGGGGGGCGGCGGCGUCCCCUCCCGCAUCCCCCUGCCUGCUCCCCCCGCCUCCGAUGCGCCCUUAGUCCCGGCCCCGGUCCCGCCUCCCUCGCUCCCCUCCCCGCCGGCGGCGGCGGCAGCAGCAGAAGCGUCCAGGUGCGGACUUCAAACCCCAGCGCAAUGGCGUCCAACGCGGCCGAGAGGGAGAUCCUCUUCACCGAGCUCCAGGGAGAUGCCAAAAGUCUUCUAGCCUCUGAGAACGUGAGCACUGGCCAAAAGUUGGACUUCUCGGAUACAAUGGUACAGCAGAAGCUGGAUGAAAUAAAGGACCAAAUCAAGCGGGAAAUAAGGAAGGAACUUAAAAUCAAGGAGGGAGCAGAGAACCUGAGGAAGGUCACAACAGAUAAAAAGAACUUGGCCUAUGUGGACAACAUUUUGAAAAAAUCCAAUAAGAAGUUAGAAGAUUUGCAUCAUAAGUUACAGGAGUUAAAUGCACACAUUGUUGUAACGGAUCCAGAAGAUGUUGCAGACUGUCCUAGAACUCCCGAUACUCCAAAUAGCGAUCCUCGUUUUUCUACUAACAACAGAUUGAUGGCCUUAAAGAAGCAAUUGGAUAUAGAACUGAAAGUGAAACAAGGAGCAGAAAACAUGAUACAGAUGUACUCAAAUGGCUCUUCAAAGGAUCGAAAACUUCUUGCCACAGCUCAGCAGAUGCUCCAGGACAGCAAAACAAAAAUAGAAGUUAUAAGGAUGCAGAUUCUCCAGGCAGUCCAGACCAACGAGUUGGCUUUUGAUAAUGCAAAGCCCGUGAUAAGCCCCCUGGAACUCCGAAUGGAAGAGUUGCGGCAUCAUUUUAGGAUAGAGUAUGCUGUAGCAGAAGGUGCAAAGAAUGUGAUGAAAUUACUUGGAUCUGGGAAAGUUACGGACAGAAAGGCACUUUCAGAAGCACAAGCAAGAUUUAAUGAAUCAAGCCAGAAGUUGGACCUCUUGAAGUAUUCACUGGAACAGAGAUUGAGUGAACUUCCUAAAAACCAUCCCAAAAGCAGUAUUAUUAUAGAGGAGCUUUCAUUGGUGUCUUCACCCACGUUAAGUCCUCGUCAAAGUGUAAUAUCUACUCAAAACCAGUAUAGCACACUGUCCAAACCAGCAGCUUUAACAGGUACCCUGGAAGUUAGGCUAAUGGGCUGCCAGGAUAUUUUGGAAAAUGUCCCUGGCCGAUCAAAAGCCACAUCAAUUACGCUGCCUGGAUGGAGUCCAAAUGAAGCCAGAGCAUCUUUCAUGGCCAGAACCAGUAAAACUAAAACUGGGAUGAGUAGAAACCUGAAAACUGAUGACUUGUCCAAUGAAGUCUGUGCUGUACUGAAGCUGGAUAACACUGUGGUUGGUCAAACCAGCUGGAAACCUAUUUCCAAUCAGUCAUGGGAUCAGAAAUUUACACUGGAACUAGACAGGUCACGUGAAUUAGAAAUCUCAGUUUAUUGGCGUGACUGGAGGUCUUUGUGUGCAGUAAAGUUUCUGAGGUUGGAAGAUUUCCUGGAUAACCAACGGCAUGGCAUGUGUCUCUAUCUUGAACCCCAGGGCACUCUGUUUGCAGAGGUUACAUUUUUUAAUCCAGUCAUUGAAAGAAGACCAAAACUCCAGAGGCAGAAGAAAAUUUUUUCAAAGCAGCAAGGCAAAACAUUUCUCAGAGCUCCUCAAAUGAAUAUUAAUAUUGCCACUUGGGGAAGGCUGGUAAGAAGAGCAAUUCCUACAGUAAAUCACUCUGGCACCUUCAGCCCUCAAGCACCAGUGCCUGUGGUUACUGUGCCAGUGGCUGAUGCUCGCCUUCCUGAACUAACACUGCCAGCCAGUGACUCUCCUGUAGCCAAAUUGGAUUUUGAACUUGAGCCUGAGCCUCCACCUGCUCCACCCCGUGCAUCUUCCCUUGGGGAAAUAUGUGACUCUUCCUCUGAGAUAAAGGUUCCUGAACCAUCUCAGGAUGAAGUAACAGCUUUUGAUUUUGAAAAUGGCAGAAACAAUAUUGUCCCAAAACUCCAGCCUGAAAUAAUCUGUGAGCCUGAUGCUCCCCAUUCAGACAUAAAAUACACCAACACGCCUGAAGAUAGAAGAUCACAACAAAGGUUUCAGUUCAGUCUGAAAGAUUUCAGAUGUUGUGCUGUACUGGGCAGAGGACAUUUUGGAAAGGUGCUGUUGGCAGAGUACAAAAACACAAAUGAGAUGUUUGCUAUUAAAGCCUUAAAGAAAGGAGAUAUUGUUGCCCGUGAUGAAGUAGACAGCUUGAUGUGUGAGAAGCGAAUAUUUGAAACUGUGAAUAGUGUAAGACAUCCCUUCCUGGUGAACCUUUUUGCUUGUUUCCAAACCAAAGAUCAUGUCUGCUUUGUAAUGGAAUAUGCUGCUGGUGGGGACCUGAUGAUGCACAUCCAUACUGAUGUCUUCUCUGAACCAAGAGCAGUAUUCUAUGCUGCCUGUGUGGUUCUUGGACUUCAGUACUUACACGAACACAAAAUAGUGUACAGAGAUUUGAAGUUGGAUAACCUGUUGCUGGACACAGAAGGCUUUGUGAAAAUUGCUGAUUUUGGUCUUUGCAAAGAAGGAAUGGGAUUUGGAGACAGAACAAGUACAUUCUGUGGCACACCAGAAUUUCUUGCUCCAGAGGUGCUGACAGAAACUUCCUAUACCAGAGCUGUAGACUGGUGGGGUCUCGGUGUGCUCAUCUAUGAGAUGCUAGUGGGUGAGUCUCCCUUCCCUGGCGAUGAUGAAGAAGAGGUGUUCGACAGUAUUGUAAAUGAUGAAGUAAGAUACCCACGAUUUCUGUCUACAGAGGCCAUCUCUAUAAUGAGACGGCUGCUGCGAAGAAAUCCAGAGCGGCGUCUUGGAGCUGGAGAGAAAGAUGCUGAGGAUGUGAAAAAGCAUCACUUCUUCAGACUAAUAGAUUGGAACGCUUUACUGGCCAAGAAAGUGAAGCCUCCUUUUGUACCCACCAUUCGAGGACGAGAAGACGUUAGUAAUUUUGAUGAUGAAUUUACCUCUGAAGCACCUAUCCUCACUCCACCCCGGGAACCAAGGAUACUUUCAGAAGAAGAGCAGGAAAUGUUCAGAGAUUUCGAUUACAUUGCUGAUUGGUGUUAACUCCUAGACACUGUGAAACCCCAGCUGACUGGCUCACAAGAAUGCCUCUCUCAGAACACCGACCCUUCAAUUGCUCUCUGUGCCACCUGUAGCUUCUGUUUUUUUAAAAUCACAUGAAGAUCCUUUUAAGUACUGUUUUAACACUCGUGAAGAGUGGCCUCUUUGUAUAUUGUUUUUUAUCUGAGCACUGGAAAGCAGAUCUAUGGAGUUCUUAAGCUGAGUUGGUGCACCCAGGCUGUAUCGAGCUUCCCCCACACGGACACAGGUGGAUCUGUACUGUCUCACUCUCCUGCAGCAGAUAACAUCACCUUUGAAGUAUCUGCCUUAAGUGGGAAAAGCAGACUUUGAGCUAGGGAACGGCUUCUCUCUGCUCAGCACCAUUGGGAUAGAAGCUUGGGACGCUGGUGACUCUCUCACAGAACGUGGUUCGAGCUGGAGAAGGCAAAUGAUUCCAGUUAAAGAUUCUCUCUCGUGCGGUCUAUGAAACUACACAUUUCUAUGUACACCUUCCUCUUGUGUUCUUAAAAUAACGGUAUUGAGAACAGAUAUGCCUUGUUUUGUAAAUUUUCUAUGGUAUUUAUUAGGAAAAAUGCCUUGCCUUUGAGAUAACAACAAUGUAAGUGCUUCCAGUACAAACAAAAACCCAGAAAAAAUCCACGAGGUUUACCAAAGCCACUUGCCAAACAGUUUUGCCUUCAAGCUUUUUAAGCAUAGCAUAAAACCUUGGUCCACAUGAAGAAUGUAACGAGGACGAUGCUCAGUCCGACCACUGGAGCAAAGCCUCUGCAGGGCCUGAGCCCCAUCCCGUGCUCCAGCCCCCUCCCUCCUCCCAUAGCUGCUGAACAGCAUCAUAUCACUUCUAGAAAACAACUUAAGGGUUUCAAUGCUCUCACCAUGUAGAGUUGGAAGGUGUAAUGUAUUCUGAUUUCCAGGCAAGCAAUUUAAUUACACCACUUAAUUAACUUUGUACAGUGGCCAACUGAACAACAUCAAACUCAGUGAAAGACAGACGUGUGUCCAUGCAGGCCACUGAGCUCCCAACCUUCGAUUGGCAGUGAGGGGGGAAAGCAGCAAUAUCUUCUAACAGAAUGUAGACAUAUUUUUUAUAAAAGCAAUGUAUAUUUUGUAAACCCCUGAACACUAAAACCUGUACCUCAAAAGCUGAAAAGUAAUGGAGACCAGACACUGUGCAUAGCUGUAAACCGAGACCUAUUUUUGGCAGCUGGUGUGCUGCAGCAGGCAAACAUUCAUCCUUGGAAAAGAAAUUUCCCACGUGGAGCUGAUUGCAUGUGUUAUCUCACAGGUUGAUCCGAGCCAGGGGGGUGCUGGUCAUGGGCUAGGACAGGGAGAUUCGCACUCAAAACUUGCUGAUUUGUCAUUCAGAGAAUAAAGGGGAAGCCAGCGAGCGUGGAACGCUACGGCAUCGCUUACAGUCACGGACACACCUGCAGGGUUGGGCAGGGGAGAGGCUUAGGGACAGAAACCCCAGUGGUAUCAGGGCUAAAUGCACCCCCUUCCUCCCAGCCUCCGUGGCAGGGGGAGGAAACGGGGGCCACACUCACUUCUUUCACAUUUUAAUUCACGAGAACCAAAUCACGUUCCUCUAUCUGAAACCAAGACUUUUGAGGUACAGUCAGCUCAUCCUUUUCCGGUUCCCAAAUAUAUAUAUAUAUAUAUGAGCAUCUAACAGGGUGCUUAACACUUAUGGAAAUGUCUUCAGAAUACCUUUUUGUAACUACAGCCUGUACAGAAAUCUUUUUUAAUCGAAGCAAAUCACUAAAAGAAAAAAAAGGAAGAAAAAAAUUAGAGGGCAGGGUGUGCUCCCCAGUUAAGCUGACAGAAAGCACUAAUUUUAUCUCUGUAGUUUUUUAAAUAUUUUUAGGCAGAUUAAGAUUUUGAACCCUAGAUUGUAAAUAUAUUUUGCUAUACUUUAUCUGUAUGUGGCUGCUCAAGCACUUUGUAAGGAAAUUAGGAGAUUUGAGAAUGGUACACUAUGCAUUCAAAUGAAAUGUGCCUUUAACAAAUGUCAUUCGAAGUGUUUCGCAGUCCUUCGUAUCACAAAUUAAAGUUUUAAAUAGAGAAAUUUGUAAA